AUGGAUGCAUCCUCACUUUCAGGGAUUACGUCAAGCGACUUUCUGAGCGACAACUUCUUCACAAAUGGCGCGCAUGCAAUAGUGUCAUCUGUAGAUGGUGACGCAGAGGGCCCCAUGACCGCAGCCUUGAAUUUGUGGGCCUGGGCUUGCCAUGGGCCUUGGACAAGUUUAUGCAAGGUUCAGGCAUCGGUACUCCAAGCUCGCACACCUGCACCGCGCACCCAGAGCUCUCAAGCCACCAGUAUUUGCCCAAGCACGCUGCCUUUGGUCCAGAGAGCAAAUGCCAGCAGCCAGUCCCUAUCGGCGGUACUUUCCAAGGUCAUGAAGCUCAAAACCGGUAUGGUGUGCAUCCAAAAAGAGGUCCAGGUCCUUCACAAGGGCCUCCAGAUGAUAAAGACGGGUGUACAGGAGGCGCUGAAGAGCCUGCAUGCACAGCAGGAGUUGGACAUGGAGGUGACAAUGCAGGUGGUCAAGGAGAAGGUUCAGGCUGCAAUCCAGGCAGCCAUGAAAGCGGGGAAGAGGGCGAGGAAGAGGACAAGCAACAAGAUGAAGGAAGAGGGGACAGAUGGAGAUACCAAGGACAAUGAAAAGGAGUCAAGUAUCAUUUCACUUGCUUACGAGACAUUGAUGGGGUGUACAACCUUGAGAGUGUUGUCUCUGCCUUUGUGGCCAGAGGACAAGGACAACUGGCCUCUGGCAGACAAGUCCAAUGAUGAAUUUGGUGACAAGACACUGGAAAUGGAGGAGUAUGAGCAGGAUAAUGGCAAGGGAGGGAAAAAGACGAAGAAAAAGUACAAGCAACUCGCCAAGGGUAUAUGGAUGCAGGCACAGGGGAAGGGGAAGGGGAAGGUGCAAGCGCAGACGAUGAUGGACAAUCUGAUGGUGAGGGCGGUGCAGGCAGUGGUGGAGAGGGAGAGACAAUGGUGCCUAUGGGCCCCAAACCACUGA